AAAAACAAAUAUGUAUAACUUAUAUGAUAAGCUCGCAAUUCUUGCCUACGAAGGCUGGUCAUGGGAUUGCCAUGCCCUCGCUCCUCUUAUGGCGACGGGGCUAACAAUUUUCUGCUGUGCAUGGUGGUUGUGGCGGGGUAUGAAAUUCACCAAAAUAAACCCACCUCUACCACCAGGUCCGUUAGGAUUGCCUAUAAUAGGCAACCUUCCUUUCAUCCAACCCCAACUGCACCGUUUCUUUUCAGACCUGUCUCGAAUCUAUGGUCCCAUCAUAAAAAUUCGGAUGGGGAGAAUGAUUGUAAUAGUCAUAAACUCGCCUUCACUUGCCAAUGAGGUCCUUAAAGUCCAUGAUGCCAUCUUUGCUAACCGUGAUAUUCCAGCAGCUGGCGUGGUCGGCACCUUUGGUGGACUCAACAUUGCAUGGAGACCCAAGAGCCCUGGAUACGACCGUUUGCGCAAGCUUGUUGUUUGUGAAAUCAUGAGUAAACAAAGCUUGGAUGCUUGCUACGUGCUUCGUCGACAUGAGGUUCGACGAAUGGUGACGGAAAUUCAUGGAAAAGUUGGUUCAUUAGUUAAUAUUGAUGAACAAUUAUCAGCAACAGCUCUACGAGUGAUGACGAGCACGCUAUGGGGUGAUGAUCCAUCGCAAGAUUUGAUUGAGUUGAGGAAACGAUUGGAUGAAUUUAUAAUAACAUUUGCAACACCGAAUGUUUCUGAUCUUUUCCCAAUACUCGCCCCAUUUGAUUUACAAGGAAUUGAAUCCAAAGCGAAGGAGCAAUUGUCGUGGUUUUAUGGGGUUUUUGAAUCAAUGAUAAAUAACCGAAGAAACAUUGGAGAUGAUGGAAAAGAAAAGGAAAAAAUUAGCAAGGAUUUUAUGCAACAAUUGUUGGAGCUGCACCAGCGAGGAGAUGAUAAUAGCUCUUUAUCCCUUAAUGAAGUGAAGGCUUUGCUUCUGGAUCUGAUGGUCGCCGGUACAGAUACAAUACCCACUACUGUAGAGUGGACAAUGACCGAACUAUUACGCCAUCCAGAUAAAAUGACGAAACUAAUCGAGGAAUUAAAUAUGGUGGUCGGAAACCAGAACACGAUGGAAGAGUGUUAUAUACCUCAACUUGUCUAUUUGGAUGCUGUCAUAAAGGAGACACUUCGUCUUCACCCGGUUGCUCCCCUUUUACUGCCUCACGUGCCCAGUGAGACCACCAUAAUUGGUGGAUAUACUAUCCCUAAAGGUUGUAGGGUUUUCAUUAAUGCAUGGGCCAUGCAAAGGGACCUUGAGUUGUGGGAUGAUCCUCUUCGGUUUCAACCUGAGAGAUUCUUGGAAACCGACAUUAACCAUUGGGACAACAAUUUCAGGUAUCUUCCAUUUGGGUCAGGAAGGAGGAUGUGUGUUGGGAUUUCUAUGGCGAAGAAGAUGGCAGCGCUGCUCGUGAGCUCUUUGGUGCACUCGUUUGAAUGGAGAUUGCCAGAGGGGACCAAGCUUAGUUUAGAAGAUAAAUUUGGACUUGUUUUGAAGAAAAGGGAGUCACUUGUUGCUAUACCCAUUGCACGACUUCCUAAUUUGGAGCAAUACAAAUGA